UCCGGGCCGGGCUGAGGGCCAGGAGCCAGGCCCAGAAUAGUACCGCCCAGCCACAGUGCCGCGCACUCGCUCUCCGUGCUCGGGGCUGGCCGCAUGGAGCCGGAGCUGGAGCCCGCUCUGCGCAGGAUCCCAUCCUGGAGCAGCCUCGGGGGCCCUGAGCCUCAAGAAAUCAGCUUUCUAGAAGAGAGAGACGGUGACUCAUGGCCGUCGCCAGCCGUGACCACCAGCUCAGAAAGACUCUGCGGGAAACGGGGCACGAAGGCUUCAAGAUGGACGAAGCAGGAGGCUGUGGAGAAAGGGGAGCCACCAGGCGUGGGGGAAGGUCCCCGGGCCAGGCCAGCUGCUGAGUCCACCGGGCCGGAAGCCACAUUCCCUGAGUCCACACCCUUGGCCGGGGUGGGCACCCCAGCCGCCGGGUGGGACUGCCAGCCGCCUGACUGUGCAGCCUCAGCCGCAGGCUCCGGCACAGACGAUGGGGAGUUGGCCGCGGCGUUUCCAGCCUCAGAAGACUGGGGCUGCGAGCUGGAAGGCAUGGUGGAAGAGAGGCCAGCCCCGUGCCCAUCCCCACAGGCCCCACUGCUCAGCCUCGGCUGGGAUGACGAGCUGCAGAAGCCCGGGGCCCAGGUCUACAUGCACUUCAUGCAGGAGCACACCUGCUAUGAUGCCAUGGCAACCAGCUCCAAGCUGGUCAUCUUUGACACCACGCUGGAGAUCAAGAAGGCCUUCUUUGCCCUGGUGGCCAAUGGCGUGCGGGCAGCACCACUGUGGGACAGCAAGAAGCAGAGCUUUGUGGGGAUGCUGACCAUCACAGACUUCAUCUUGGUGCUGCAUCGGUACUACCGGUCCCCGCUGGUCCAGAUCUACGAGAUUGAAGAGCACAAGAUUGAGACCUGGAGGGAGAUUUACCUGCAAGGCUGCUUCAAGCCGCUGGUCUCCAUCUCACCCAGUGACAGCCUGUUCGAAGCUGUCUACACCCUCAUCAAGAACCGGAUCCAUCGGCUGCCUGUGCUGGACCCGGUCUCGGGCACCGUGCUCUACAUCCUCACGCACAAGCGGCUGCUCAAGUUCCUGCACAUCUUUGGUACCCUGCUGCCCCGGCCCUCCUUCCUCUGCCGGACUAUCCAGGAUCUGGGCAUCGGUACAUUCCGAGACUUGGCCGUGGUGCUCGAAACGGCGCCCGUCCUGACGGCUCUGGACAUCUUCGUGGACCGACGCGUGUCUGCGCUGCCUGUGAUCAAUGAAUCAGGUCAGGUCGUGGGCCUCUACUCCCGCUUUGAUGUGAUCCACCUGGCUGCCCAGCAAACCUACAACCACCUGGACAUGAGUGUGGGGGAAGCCCUGAGGCAGAGGACAGUGUGCCUGGAGGGGGUCCUCUCCUGCCAGCCCCACGAGACCCUGGGGGAAGUCAUCGACAGGAUUGCACGGGAACAGGUGCACCGGCUGGUGCUAGUGGAUGAGACCCAGCAUCUCCUGGGCGUGGUCUCCCUCUCCGACAUUCUGCAGGCGCUGGUGCUCAGCCCUGCUGGCAUCGACGCCCUCGGUGCCUGAGAACACUGAGUCCUCCCUCCCGGGCCACCUUCUGCACCUGAAGCCAAUGAAGGGAGCCGGGGGAACUCGGCCUUCGUCUUCCCCACCCGUUUGCUGGCUCAGCUCUGUCUGGUUCAGAUGUCUCCAGCCCUUUCCCUGCCUGUGCUCCCAGAAGCCCUUGGGCGCAGCCACUGCACCAUGGGACGAUGAGAUGAAAGAGAACAGCUAAGCCUGGAGGCCCCUGCACCAACCCUCUGGGAUGGCCCCAGGGACACCUGUGCUCCAUGACCGCCGGGAUUCCUUCCCUCACCUGGGUCAGGACUGGCCCUAGGGGGCAGCAGUGAGCCUGCAGCCCAUGGGGUCAGUCAGGGGCUCCAGGUCCCUCGGCUUCGGGAUUGCCCCCUACUCACACCCCCAGCCCCUGGGAGUCCCAGCUAGUCAUUCAGGGGCUAACUUCACCACCGUCCUCGGACUCUCCCGGCAUUGUCGCUCCAGGGCUGCUGGGAGUCACCACGGAGCCACAGUUACUACAGAGCUGCCUGCGGAGUGGGGUCCUCCCUCCGCGCUUCCCCAGAAAGCCCUUAGCUCUCCGCAGCGAGCAGGGCUGCCAGUCCCUGCUGGUGGGUGGCCUUGUAUUCGGAUCCCUGAGAACAAGCAACGGAAAAAGCAAAAAGAACAAUCCCCGAAACCGGCUCUUAGUAGGGCUCACUCAAAAUGGCACAGUCAUCUAACCUGAGCUUGUGGCAAGAUCCCUGUGCUGUCUGAAUUCAAAAACGCCAACGAAAAUCUGCAGUCGGCAAAAGCUGCAAGUGGCAUUUCCUUUGUACCCAAAGUGUAUUCCACCAAAAUUCCUUUUUUACCUUUUGUUUAUAACAAAACCAUAACUACCUAUGUCUAUGGCAGGAAGCACUCCAUCUACCAACUCUAAGCUGUGAGAAAUAUAACUUGUCUAACACCGAGA